UAAGCGCCCGGAGCCAGGCGGACCGUGGUCGGCGGGAGGGGGCCGCGAGCCGCGCCUCGGCCGCCCUGGACGAGUGGCUCGGCUCCUCGCGGGGACAAGAGGGCGCGACAGGUCCUGCGGCCAGCCAGGGCCAGCUCGGGGUCUGCCUAGGCCAUCCCGGACGCUGGGGACCUGUUUACCUUGCAAACUUGCACGCGGCGGUCAAAACCCAGGAGCCUGACUUGCAGGAAGGGUUUGCAGGAUGCGCUUCAGAUAGCGAAGAGGAUAAAUCAGAGCUGAAGGGGACACGUUUAGGAGCUCAAAGUACACAUUGAGGGAGCUAUGAGGAAACAACUGUCACUCUCUGAGGGUGGAAACUGCCAGAAGUUACAAAGACAAGAAGUAAUUUGCCUGUAAUCACAAGAUGACUCAGGGCUCUCCAAAGGAUAUGGACUGACUGAUUCCUUGAAGGUUGUGGGUGUUUAAGUAGACAGAUCUACUACGAUGGAGAUUUUGAAUUAAAAGAAAAACAAGCACUCUAUGGAGAUUUCUCCUGUGUGGAUCAUUAAUGAAACCAGUAUAAGGACUGCUAAGUCCCAGAUGAGGGUUCCAUAAAAGUUGUUUCAACUUGAGUGAUGGACCCUGAAGCCGCCCAGCUGGAGAAGCAGCACGUUCAUGAUGUAUAUGAAAAUACUGCCCCCUUCUUCAGCGGCCUGCCGAGCAAAGCCUGGCCACGCGUCUGCCAGUUCCUGCUGGACCAGAAGCCAGGCAGCCUCGUCGCUGACAUUGGUUGUGGAACUGGAAAGUAUCUUAAGGUGAACAGCCAGGUACAUACCCUGGGCUGUGACUACUGUGGACCACUGGUAGAGAUUGCCCGGAAUAGAGGGUGUGAAGUCAUGGUAUGUGACAACCUUAAUCUCCCCUUUAGGGACCAGGGCUUCGAUGCUAUCAUCUCUAUAGGAGUCAUACAUCAUUUUUCCACAAAACAAAGAAGAAUCCAAGCAAUAAAAGAAAUGGCCAGGGUCUUGGCUCCGGGAGGCCAGCUGAUGAUUUACGUGUGGGCAAUGGAACAAAAGAACCGCCGCUUUGAGAAGCAGGAUGUGCUUGUCCCGUGGAACAGAGCACUGUGCUCCCAGCCGCUGUCGGGCGCGGGCUCCUGCGAGGCGCGGAGGCGGCCGCGGAGUGGACGCGCACGCGCACGCGCCGGCCGCGCGGGGCGGCCGCCUUGCUCCCAGUGCGCAUGCUCCGCGUGCUGCCAGCCCCGCGGUGACCCCAGGCGGUCCCUCAGCGUGGACGCGGAACCCGUCACUAGAGCCUGUUGUGGAGCGAGUUCGAAGGAAGGAGAGAAUGGAUUCUAUAACACAUUAGGGAAGUCUUUCCGCUCCUGGUUUUUCUCCAGGUCUUUGGAUGAGUCAACACUGAGGAAGCAAAUUGAGAGAGUGAAACCAGCGAAAAAUCCAGACGGCUGGGCUGAGAGCACUGUGUCAAUCCAGCCUUCCGGAUACUCCAGUCCCCCCUGGGACCCCCGAGAGUUGUUGCCACCCAAAGAACCAAGCUCAGAUGAGGAAAUGUUGAUAGAAAGGUCUGCUCCGAAACGGCCGGGCUGGUUGGGCGCACGAGGCGCUUCGAAGCACGCCGGCGGGGAGGGGGGGCGCGGUCCCCGUGAGGGCUGUGCGGGGGCCGGCGACUCGGGCGUUGGGGACCCUUCCGCCGCCGCAGCACUGAGGAGGGCUCCUGAGGCUGACUCCGCCGCGCGCCGCCCAGAUGACGCCGAGUCCGCUGAAGAGCAGGAGCCCGGCGGGGCGGAUUCCGGAGCCUUCAUGCGCUACUACCACGUGUUCCGAGAAGGGGAGCUCUGCGACCUGCUGCGGGAGCACGUGUCCCAGCUCCGCAUCCUGAGCGCGGGCAAUGAUCAUGGCAACUGGUGUAUCGUCGCCCAGAAAAGGGAAAGCCGUGAUUAACUGCAUCAUUUCAGAGCACUUCUUCAAAAGAUGGCCUGUCUUUUCGUUAAGAGUUGAUAGGGUUACCUGAAAUAGCGUGUUAUUUUUAAAUCCAGUACACCUUGGUCUGUAGAGACUAAGAAUUGAUAAUCAGUUUAAUGUUUGAGUUAGGACAAAGCCAAGCAUUUAAUGCAUUUGACACGGGAUAUGUGUACUUAAAUGUCAAUCAGCAAUUUGAAGAAGAAAUAGAAACUGCACUUUGGUACAGUUUAGUUUAUCCCUUCCCCAUACCAGGUUUCUUAGAAGGCAUGUAUGUUGACAUUCGGUGUUAUCCUUUGAUUUUAAAAUAUUCUGCUGUUAAGUACGCCUUUUAAAAGCAGUAUUUUAUGAAGUAGGUGAUAAUUUCUGAUUCUCAGGUAAUACUUUAAAUGUAUGUGUAAGAUACCAAAGGAAGCCUGUUCUGCCCUUCAGAGGUGAAGUGCAUGGAGACACGUGUUGUGGAUAUCCGUCUUUGGGCUGUUGCUUCUAUUCAGAGUCUUCAAAAUGGAUAAACAGACAAACAGGAAGCCUUACGGGGACCUUUCUAAAUUGCAAACAGAAUUCCUUUAGAGUAAGCACUGUAAAUAGUGAGGUUUUAGUGUUGCUCACAAGGUUUUUAAAGAAAUGGUCAUCAGUGGGGAAGUAUGUGGCUUAGCAUGAACAAGGCCCCAAAUUUAGGCCAUAGCGCCAUAAAUAAUUUUUUAAGAAGAGUAAAAAGAACCCUGUUAGCAUGUGCAUUAUCUGGGUAUAAGUAUGAUUGGUAUAAGUACUCUAGUAGCAUUUUGCCAUUAAGAUAGCACCAAGAUUAACCAGUGAAUUUUCAUCCAGAAGUAUUUUUGUGAGUUGACAGGAAAUUUGAGAGUUGAGUACUAUUUCAUUUUGGCUCUGAGGACACAUAAAUGGGUAAGGUACUACGGGUUUGGCCUUGGUGGGGAUAUAGACAGAUUUGCUGUUGGGUUUUUAAAAAUAAUAUUUGGGCAUUUAUUUUAUUGAAGGCAUGUGCCACACUGGAUUACUUAUGUUGGUGAACUGGACAAAAUCAACUGCUGUUACAAAAAGGUUGAAUUUCUGGUACUUUAUAGAGAAAUGAUUGGAUUGGA